AUGCUGAAAACCCUUGUACCGUGGAAUAAAGCCUCUUCACGAGGUCUUUCUACCUUCAAGAGGUUUGCCACUGCGGCUUCGAAAGUACGAGAAGGACAGCUACGGCUAUCGUUCGAUGACCAAGAGUACUGGAGGAAAUUCAAUAGCGAGAGUUUCUCGUUAGAAGAAUCGAAAGAGAAGGGAAUAUUUCGUGGACAAAAUGCUGAUGGUAAUUUUCAGACUGGAUUAUUCCAAAAUCCGUAUUUGACUUCUCCCGUGGGACUUCGGAAGUUCAGUGUCAAGUCACUAGCGCUUGCCGGUGAUUUGGUCGAUGAGAUGAGAUCGAACAAGACUACUCAGGGUUAUUUGCAGUAUAUUAAGAAACUGGACCGAUUGAGUGAUACCUUGUGUCGGGUUAUAGACCUAUGUGAGUUUAUUCGAGCGUCACAUCCUGACUCACAGUUUGUCAAAGCUGCUCAGCAAUGCCAUGAAGAAAUGUAUGAGUUUAUGAAUUACCUGAACACCGACAAGAGCCUAUGCGAAAUUUUGAAACAUGUGCUCGGCACUGAAGCGAUUCGAAAUCAGCUUCCAGCGGAAGAUAUCAAAGUGGGCCAUAUCUUGUUAGAAGAUUUCGAAAAAUCCGGGAUCGACAUGUCUUCUGAAGUUGGAGAACAAUUUAUCAGUUUAUCGCAGGAGAUAAGUCUUGUUGGCCAAGAUUUUAUUAAUAACACUGAAUAUGUGCGGUCCAAUUUUAUCAAGAUUCCAUGUCAGAAACUCGAACAAAGCGGUGUCAGCGGUCUCUUAUUGCAGCAAUUAUCCAAAGAUCUCAAAGGACAAAACUAUAAAGUGCCCACGUAUGGAUUUGCAGCUUACUCGAUUUUGAGAGGUUGCUCCGAUGAAAGUAUCCGCAUGAAAAUAUGGACAGCCAUGCAUAGCUGCUCUGAGAAACAGAUUGGAAGGCUAACCAAGCUUGUUCAACUAAGAGCUAUGUUGGCCAAGAUAAUGGGGAAGAACAGCUUUGCACAGUAUCAACUCGAGGGGAAAAUGGCUAAGAAUCCUAAAUACGUUUUGGGUUUCAUUCAAUCCCUCGUGGCGAAUACUAGACCCAAAGCAGCAGAAGAAUUGACUACGAUUGCCAAUUUAAAGGCCAAACAUCUUUCUUUACCUAAUCCGCAAACUACCAGUGAAAUUCUCAAUACAGUACGUCCUUGGGAUCGGGAUUUCUACAACACUUUGAAUUCGGUACGUCAACAGCGUAAACCGCUAUCAGAUGAAAAGAUAUCGUCAUACUUUUCCCUAGGAACAGUGAUGGAAGGUCUGUCGCAUCUUUUCCACAGCAUUUACGGCAUAAAAUUCGUCCCCGUAGCGGCUAAGACUGGAGAAACAUGGUCCUCUGACGUGCGACGUAUCAAUGUCGUGAGCGACUCUGAAGGGCUCAUUGGUGUGGUUUAUUGUGACUUAUUUGAAAGAGAGGGCAAAACUUCAAGCCCAGCUCAUUUCACGGUGUGCUGCUCUCGCCAGAUAUACGAGGGUGAGACGGAUCUUUCCAACAUUCAGACCGGCUUUUCGAAAGAAUCUGGUACCGUUUUUCAAUUGCCCGUGAUAAGUCUGGUGUGUAAUUUCAGGCCCUCGACCGCUUCAAAGGAUGGAAAUCUGUAUUUGUUGCAGCUUUCAGAUGUGGAGACUUUGUUUCAUGAAAUGGGUCAUGCAAUGCACUCGAUGCUCGGACGCACACCUCUACAAAACAUAAGUGGCACGAGAUGCGCUACGGAUUUUGUCGAAUUACCGAGUAUCUUGAUGGAACAUUUUGCUCGAGACAUCCGUGUGCUUUCGCGGAUUGGGAGCCAUUACGAGACUCGCGACAAAGUUCCAGAAGAUCUACUUACGCUGUGCUUAUCUGAAUCGUCGUAUUUGCAAAACACGGAAACCUUUUCACAGGCCAAAAUGGCACUUCUGGAUCAAGAGCUACACUCGCAAAAGAUUCUCCAAAACGUGCUCGAGGUUGACGUCGUGGCACUCUACCACAGGCUGGAAAAAGACUUGCAAGUGCUCGUCGACGAUAAGAGCAAUUGGUGUGGAAGAUUUGGACAUCUUUUCGGUUACGGUUCGUCGUACUAUAGCUACUUGUUUGACAGAGCUAUUGCUAGCAAAGUCUGGGAGCACAUGUUUGCAGCAGACCCGUACAGCCGCGCCAGUGGGGAGAAGUUUAAAGACAGUGUCUUGAAAUGGGGAGGAUUGAGAGAUCCAUGGGAAUGCAUCGCAGACGCUUUGCAGCUACAAGAGCUGUCAAAGGGUGACGAAAAUGCCAUGAGGUUCAUAGGCGAGGCCAAAGAUCUAUGA